AUGGCUCUAUCAACGCACACAACACGAUCAGGUUUUCUGCUACCAUCCAUACAUUCUGCUCCGCCCUUCUUUACACAGCAACCGAACCCAAACACUCAGAAGAUCGUAACUGAAACAUGGAGUCGCCUGAUCCUGUCUUACGCGCGGCACCGCAAUCUGUUCUUCAUACGCGUAGAGGACGCUGAGACUCAAGGCAGCGAAUGGGACGAGAUCCUUAGGAACGACCGAAUAAAGCGUAGAUUACUCCCUUCGCAUUUAUCCUACAUACUGUCAGAGAUGGUAGCGAAGAACCAGGCGGUGUACGAGCCGCCGAAGCAGACGCGCUCUGUGCUCCUAUACUGGCGACUCCCCGAGGAAUGGGCCGAGGUCCUCCACCAAUGGGUCACGUCCACGGGCCAGCUCACCACGAUCCUCACGUUCUACGAAAUCACCGACCCGCCCGUGCCCUCCCCGCUCACCGGCAUCCCCGUGGUGCUACUGAGGAAGGCCAUCGCUGUCCUGGCGAAGACGGGGCGGGCGCAGAUUAUUGCGGUCGCGGAUGGGGAGGGUGCGCGAUUCUUUGCGGGAACGGGGAGGUGACAAGGGCUCCAUGGUUAUCAGUAUCAGUAAGUGCAAUAGAAUGUAUUCUAGAGGGGGCAAUGCGUUGCUGUGGUGCGCAGUGAGAUAUCGGGUGCGUGAUUCGACUUGCUUUAUCUCAGAUACGCGCAUUCUAUUCUGGCCGUUCAAGGGAAGUGGGAAAGGGAACCCCUG